AUGUCGAAGCAGCAGCCGAAGCAAGAGGAGGUCUCGACCGUCGCGGGCUACAAGGACAAGCUCGUCGGUGGCGUCAAAGAGACCGUGGGCAGCCUGCUCGGCGUCGAGCGGCUCGAGAAGGAGGGCCACAAGCAGAAGGAGAAGGGCGAGGCCGAGCUCAAGGCCGCCAUGGCCCAGCAGCGCGCCAUGGGCGACCGCAGCCGCGAGCAGCAUGAGAAGGGCAAGGGCCGCCUGGGCGAGGAAGAAGAAGAGGGCGAGCUCAGGGUCGACUCCUAUGUCUUCCUCAAGCGCCAGGCCGUCCUCUCCGAGCUCCAGCGCAUGGGCGGCUUCGAGCGCCAGAGCCUUCGCCUUCGUCAUGUCGAGCCGCGCGAGCCCGACGUGAGGAAGUACUUCUCCCCCAAGGGCCAGGGCGAGAGGUGGCAGCAGUUCAACCUCAAGAGGGUGGACAUGAAGCCGCUACUCGAGGACAUCCGCCAGAAGCGCACGAGGAAGCCGCUCGUGCACGUCAACACGGUCGAGAAGGGCCUCAUGAACAACAUCAAGCUCACCAAGGAGGACUUCCGGCUCAAGCGCGACCAGCAGCGCCUGCCCAACCUGCUCAGCGACAUCAGGCGAGCCGACAACAUCAAGCGCCUGAAGAAGAUCAACAGGCAGGACGUCCGUGAUCGAUCGGCGCCCAGGCUCGACCUCCUCAAGGGCCUCAAGGCGCUGCACCAGCAACACGACGUUCUACUCAAGGAGGUGGCGGCGCCGCCCAAGCUGAAGCACGUCGAGACCAAGGACAAGACCAAGCCCAACCUCUUCUUCGACAAGAACGUCCACGUCCACAAGUUCGAGAAGGGGCCGCUGCUGGACGAGGUGAGGAAGGGCUUCAAGGCCAACGCCAAGCACGUCGAGACCAAGGACAAGUCCAAGCCCCUCAUCGAGAAGGACUUCCACCUCAAGAGGUUGGACAGGCAGGGCUUCCUCGCCGAGGUCCGCCAGGGCACCCAGCUCAAGCACGUGUAA